UAGAGUCUUCGCGCACCGACUGUUUGAUCUCUCUCAGCUUUGUGUCUCUCCUUUUUGCAUCACACACAGACACACACCCAGAGUACGUUGACAGUUUCAUUCACUAAUAAUGGAAAGGGAGAAGAGUAACUUACUGUUGGAAAAGUGGGGAAAUGAUCGAACGGCCGCCAGAAGGGUUUAUAGAGAAAACAAAUGAUAGGAGCUGCAGUUGGCCUAUAAUUGUCUGGCAGCAUUUGUGUGCGAAUUCAUUCGUGGAAACGGGAGAGAUUAGUUAAAAUAAACACGAACGUAUGGUAGUUAGUUUGAAGACUAAUUUAUAUAUUUUGUGAUUAUUUCAUAUAUGAGGCAGAACGAAGAAAAUAUAUACGUACACACACACACACACGCAAGGACGAAUCAGGGAAACUGUGAAACACAGAAAGCAAAAUAUAUUACGGAAUAUAAACUUGAAUUCCGUGAAUUUGCGGGAUACAUUCCUUCGUUUAAAGACAAACAAACAAAACAAAACGUCCACAAAGCAUCCGAUUCCAUUCUGGUCAGGAGUUGAUGUUAUUGAUUUUCUUUCCAGGGGUUCGUUUCUCAUUGAAGGAGUCUACUUUCCAGCCACCACAAAACACAUCGGAUCUCCGUCAAUCAUUCAUAUCUGAUCAACUAUAAACGUGUAAUAUCGUAAAAACUUUCAAAGCCAACGACUUCUGUUUACAUUUAUAAUCAUUGAUAAUCGAUACAUGAGCGGGUGUGGUUCUCUGAUAAUUCAAUUAAUUUAACGAAGCCUUCUCGUGGUGCGGACGACGACAACCACCGCCUGCUGUUAAUUGCACAACUCAGCCGAGAUAUUUCAUGAAGAAAAGCCACAGCAAUGGCAAGAGGUGGAUUUCAUGUGGAAUUCGGAAUUAAUGAAACACUUCUUACUCAAUAUCUUGAAAAGAAUGACUACAUUUCAGCUGAAAGACUUAUCAGGGAAACUGCAAACCCAUCUUACUUGGAUGAAGGUUGUUACCAAAGGACACCUUUGUAUAUAGUCCUCUGUGGUCUUGAUGAAGAAGAAUUGAAUGUCAAACCACGUAAUCUAUUCCUGGCGAAAUUGUGCAUCGAACGAGGAGCAAAUGUUAAUCACAGAGUUCCUAAGGUGUCAACUGGUUCUGAAUUUCUUGGCCCAGGGAAAUCUCCUAUUGAGUUAAUCAUUGAUUUUUACAAUGUUGUUACCAGAUACUUGGAAUGGUCAAAGUCUGGCAGAUUAUCUGCAAGUGAAUGCUGGAAUCCAAAUGAUGAUAUUGUUAUUGGUUUCAGUAAUAAAAUUGUAAAUAAUCUGUAUGAAGUCAAAGAGAUUUGUGAGCAGUUAGUUUUCACCAUUCUGGCAACUGGUGGUGAACCCAACAUUAAGGAUGAAGACCACCAAACCCCUUUACACACUUUGGCAAUUCGAGGCUUUGAUAUUGAAAUGGCAAAACUGUUAUGUGAAAAUGAAGGUGACAUCAAUGCUAUCGACCAAAGACAUAAUUCACCUUUGUUGUGUCUGUUGGAUAUUUCAAUUAGUGAAUCAGACUACAAACAAAUUAAUGAUCUCUCACCAACAUCAAGUGAUAACACUUUAGAAGAUAAUGUUGCCAUUGAUGGAGUGAAGAAAGAUUUCUUUUACUUCUUUAUCAAUCAGUGUGAUAUUGAUCUGAAUGUGAAAAACCACAAAGGUCAAACAGCCUUAUUUCACUGUGUCAUCCGUGCUGACACAGAGUGUUGUCAUCAACUACUGAUUAGAAAUACUGAUCCCUCAAUCCGUGCCACAGUUAUACAGAGUCCCAAACAGAAACAGAAAUUGUCUCCUCUAUUUUGUGUGUCCCUGUCGUUCCCUUCUCAGAGAUCUCUACGCCUUCAGCACAACUUCCGAUACCUCGUCCAAGCUUCUCGAAAAUUCUCUUUCCUUGUUGAUUCAGGUUAUUUUUCAACUGAUGACAUUUUAAAGGAACUAGGGGAUCAUUUGAAAGACUUUUUCCCAGAAUUCAUUAACUGGAUACCCGUUUCCAUUCCAUCAAUUCAGAUGUUGUUUGGCCAGACUACAGCUUCCCUGAAACAAUUAGCUGUUAGAGUUAUCUUCCAGGAGUUCUUCUGCAAUAACAUCAGCUACAUAGCUUUCCUAAUGGAGCAAGAAGCACGGUCUUUGUAUGAAAAUGUUUCUGAUAUCUACGAUCGAGAUAUCUAUGAAGAGUUUAUCAACACUAUCCUUGACAGAAAACUUCUGCAGAGAUUUCUCUUCCAUUUCUCCUUACCUCAGAACUCUCUACUAAACUUUCUAAUUGAACUUCUGUUCCACAGAAUGCUGGUUUUGUUCUCUUCAUUUUAUAUUGAUACUACAAGUUUUUUGUUUGAAAAACAAAUACCUUAUGACAGCUCAAGUGACGAUUCUGAUUUCUUUGCAAACGAAGGAGACUCUGACUUGGAAUAUUGGUAAAUGUUGGUGGUUCAUGUGAACAUAAUACUAGUAAAAACUGGUGACACGAUAGAAGUUAGUGUAUGUGAGUGAACAUUGGUAAACACGUUUAUUUAACAGAAAAUAUUGAAAUAUAGAUAUCAUUCAAUCAAUGUUUUAUAUAUCACAGAAGUGCAAUAAUACAGUUGCUUAAUUGAUUUUCCCUUAAUCAGAAGUAAAUAAGCCUAUUGACUUCAUCAGAGGUGUAAAACAUGAAUUAUGAAUAAAUAGGAAUUGUCUUUUUUGAAACCAUAAAUGAAAUAGCGAUAAUUACAACUGAACUUUUUUGUUCUCUUGGCAUUCAUCAAAUUGUAUCAAACAAAAGACAAGAUAUUCCUUCUCAUAAGCAGUUAAUGACUUGUUUUAUUGUAGAAACUAAUUUUUAUUGUAAGGGUUAUAUUGUUUUGUUUUCUUUUUUUUAUUGUAAGCAUUAUGUUGUUCAGGUGAUCAGAAAAUGUAUCAAAUAUUGUUUUAUUUAAUUUUCUUUUUAGCUUGUCAUAUUUGGCCCAAAUUUUUAUUAUUAAAUGGCAGAAAGGUAUUGGAUUAUCAGAAUUGGUAGACCAUCAAGCAAAAAGCCCUUUGAUAUUUGGUUACAACCCUUAAUAUUCUGAGUUAAAAUCCUACUGAGAUUGACUUAAUUUUCUCCUAUUGAAGGUCAAUAAAUAGAACUGGUCAAGUACUCGACCAAUGUAAUCAACUCUAUUCCUCACCCUAAUGUGGGGUCAAAUGCCUUUGUAAUAAAUCAUUAUUUGACUCAGGAGGGGAAAGUCAUUUUUUAUAUACCUCUCAUCUUUCACUUGGAUUUUUAUUUUGCAUUUAUACAUCUAACAUUAUAUAUAUAUAUGGUUGUGCUUAACUUAUACCAAAGUGAUAUUUUUAUAUAUGUUUUAUUUAUUUUUUUACUUCUAAACAUCUACUUAUAAUCUUACAUAUCGAUAUGAGCAGAAGCUUCAAGCUUUGAUAGACAAUAGCUACAGAAACAAAAACAAUUCAUUUCUCAGGUAUGAGCAAUCAAUAGUCCAUGUCUUUCCUAAGGACAUUAUUGAUAUUAGCAAAGACUGUCCAAUUGGUAAUGAAAAACGGAUUUGGAAUCUGGCUUCCUGCAACUUUAAGAUUGCUUGUCUACAACAACAAAAAAGAAGUUAAGUAUAAAGAAUAACGACAAGAAACUUAACAGAAACUUUUGCUCAUGUUUUUCUUAACAUUUUGAUUGGAUGUCUUAUAAUUCACCAGUUUCUAUACAUUUUUCAGGUCUUUUUUUUUUAUUUGUCAAUAAAGAAUAUUUAUAAUUUUUAAUACAUUUCCAUAUAAA